AUGUUUGAAGAACUGAUGAACGAAAACAUAUACCACUUCAUAGUGAAAGAAACUGUGAGAUAUGCAGUAAAUAUGAAGAAUAUGCAGGAUUUUAUCCUCACAGUUGAAGAAGUGAAGGUGUUUGUUGGAUUUCUUCUUUUUGCUGGCUACCAUAAGCUCCCUGCUGAGAAGCUAUACUGGUCUGAAGAUGAAGAUGUUGGCAUAUCAAUUAUAAAGAAAGCUAUGACAAUGAAUAAAUAUCAGAAGUUGAAAACAUUGCUUCAUUUUCAAGAUAAUGACUUAGCCAAUGAAAACAAACAUGAUCGCAGAUUCAAAAUCAGACCUCUCUUGAAAAUAAUAAAUGAAUCUUUUCAAAAUUUUGGAAUAUUUGAGGAAAAUUUGUCAAUUGACGAAAUGAUAGUCAAAUACUAUGGACAACGUGGGCUGAAACAGUUCAUCUGA